AAAAAAAAAACAGCCGUAACAUUACCCCUACCGACCUUAUCCAGCGUCCGUCAAACACAUCCACCAACAGUCGCCAUUGCCGUGGCUGGCCAGAAAGCAGAGAGGCUCCUUACCGGAGGAGAAGAUGACGCUAAAGGUGUACGCGGAUCGGAUGUCUCAGCCUUCCCGGGCAGUUAUUAUUUUUUGCAAAUUGAAUGGAAUAGAGUUCGAGGAGGUGAGAAUCGACCUGUCCAAGCGCCAGCAGUUAACCCCUGCGUUUCGAGAAAUCAAUCCCUUGGGGAAAGUGCCUGCAAUAGUGGACGGGAGAUUCAAACUUUUUGAGAGUCACUCUAUUCUGAUCUAUCUGGCUUCUGUGUUUCCUGGAGUUGCCGAUCAUUGGUAUCCUGCUGAUGUUUUCAGAAGAGCAAAAAUCCAAUCUGUGUUGGAUUGGCAUCACGGAACUUUGCGUCGUGGGGCAGCUGGAUAUGUACUCAAUUCCUGCCUUGCACCGGCUCUCGGGUUGCCUCUGAAUCCGGUGGCAGCUGCUGAAGCCGAGAAAAUCCUUUCAGCCUCUCUGUCGAAGAUCGAAUCCGUCUGGCUCAAGGGAAAGGGACGCUUUUUGCUCGGUAGCACCCAACCUUCCAUUGCUGAUCUCAGUUUAGUGUGUGAAAUUAUGCAGCUCGAGCUUCUUGAUGAGAAGGAUCGGGAAAGGAUUUUAGGGCCGUAUGAAAGAGUUUUGAAAUGGAUUGAGGACACAAAGAAUGUAACAAGGCCUCAUUUUGAUGAGGUGCAUUUGAUCCUUUUCAAAGUGAAGGAGAAGUUGAAGAAGUUGCGACCGGAGAAUGGAACAAUGGCAGCAAUGACGAUGAGUUCUUUUGCUCCACAAUCAAAGAUUUAGGUAAGUGCAAGUUGAAAAUGAGUGAUCAUAAAGUUAAAGCUGAUGGCAUACCUUGAAUUAUACUCUCAAGAACUGCUUGUGGAAGCCAUAACGAAGGAUCUAGCAGAAGCUAUCCUUAUGUUAAUUUCAUUGCAUUUUGUCAGGGACACGAUAUUUUGUGUGAGUAGAGUGAUUGGUAUUUUAAAUA